AUGUCAAACAGUAACGGCUACUCCUUAGAAAGGGGUAUCUGGGCCGCGGUGAUCAUUGCGGCGCUGAUCGUGAUUUUGAGGGUCUUUGCAAAGAUUAAAAUCAAACGGUUCCACGUCGACGAUGUGUUGAUGGUCAUUGCAGAGAUUCUCAUCAUUGCCUCAACUGUCUUCCUCAGUCUCUGUGUACAGCAUGGCUUUGGUGGUGAUCUCACCAAGUUGCCCAAGCCGGAUUCAGAGCUAGUCCUGAAGUAUAUCGCUAUUCAGAUUCCUCUCGUGACCUUCAGCACUACCAUCGCCCGUUCCGGUUUCAUCAUCUACCUCAUCGCGGUUCUCGGCACGAAUAAAAAUUACAAGAUUGUACUCUGGGUGGUUUUGGCGAUUCAGGCAGCGGGCAAUAUCGUUUCUGCGGUCUUGCCUCUGAGCAUCUGUCGCGAUGUGCGGGCGUUGUGGGAUAUAGAGGCAGCUUUGCACACUACAUGUGGUGACACUGCUGCGGUCAUCAAGUUCGCCUAUUACUCCAACACUUUCAACUCGGCCACCGAUCUCUUCCUGGCGGUCUUCCCGACUGUGGUGUUUUGGAAUCUUAACCUCAAACUACGCAUCAAAAUUGGUCUGAUUGUGCUUCUGUCUAUGGGCUUCAUUGCGAUGAUUGCUUCCAUUAUCAAGACCACAAAACUGGACCAGCUCCCUGGCAUCACCGACCUUGGUGCUACUGGCGGUGUCGAACUCAUCCGCUGGGGUUACGUCGAGAACGCCAUUAUUAUCAUCACUUCUUCCAUUCCUUGCAUCCGUCCCUUGAUCAUCUCUUCUGUACGCAAAUUCUCCAGCGUCACCCGCUCCUACGAACUCAGUGGACCCUUCAGUGGCCACCGUACUGCAGGUGGAAACGAGACGAACCACUCCAAAAUGGCACGACGAUUCAACAAGUCCCACAACUUGGAGAACGGCAGCGUCGAACGAAUACUGGACCAGAGUACGCAUACCAGCACCACUAUUGGUGGACGACCCGACACGCCUGAGCGGGAGUAUCCUGGUAUCACCAAGCAGGUCGAGAUCUCGGUGAUUUCUGAUGAUCAACAUCGACGACUUUGA